AUGAAUAAGUGCUUCAAAGAUUGGGGAAUAGAAAAUAAAGUUUUUACUAUAUCUGUGGAUAAUGCAUCCUAUAAUGAUGUUUGUUUAAGAACUUUGAAGACUAGCCUAUCUAGACAUAAGAAAUUGGUUUGUGAUGGAAAAUUAUUUCAAGUGAGAUGUUGUGCACAUAUUCUCAAUCUUCUUGUCCAAGAUGGGAUAAGUGUAAUUGCAUUAACUAUUGAGAAUGUGCGGGAAAGCAUCAAGUUCAUCAAUCACAGUGAAGCGAGGCUCAAAACAUUUUCUGCUAUUGUGCAACAGCUGCAGUUAAGAGAAAAGAAGUUGAUUCUUGAUGUGCCAACUCGUUGGAAUUCGACAUACUUGAUGUUGAUCACUGCCCUGAAGUUCAAAGAUGCAUUUCCAAUGUACAAAGAAAGGGAGUCCAAUUAUGAUUGCAUGCCAGAACCUGAGGAAUGGGAUAAAGUGGAGAAAAUUUGUAAGUUAUUAGCCGUCUUUCAUGCGGUAACGAAUCUAAUCUCUGGUAGUGACUAUCCUACUUCUAAUUUAUAUCUCAUUGAAGUCUAUAGGAUUAAAGAAGUUAUCGAUAAGUCACUACUAGAUAAUGAUUUCUCUAUUCGGCAAAUGGCUAAAAAAAUGCAAGAUAAAUUUGAAAAAUAUUGGGGAGAAUGCAAUUUGUUAAUGGCAAUAGCUUCUUUUAUGGAUCCUAGACUAAAAAUUGGUGCGGUUGAAAUUUGUUAUCCUCAAAUUUACUCUGAAGUAGAAGCUAGGAUUAAUAUACAGAAAGUUAGGGAUGCCUUGCAAGAGCUAUUUGAUGAGUAUGUUGCUUUACAUGAUUCAAAUAAUGAGGAAAAUAGCUCUCUGGAAGGUUCUAUGGGUGCUUCAAGUGAUACAAGCUCGUCAUUGUCAUCUUUAAGUUCCAACUGGAGUGAUAUCUUGAAAAAGGUGAGAACGAAAGAUAGUAUGCCUGCAUCCAAAUCAGAGUUAGAAACAUACUUGGAUGAGCAUGUAUAUAUAUGUGGUGAAGCAGAAAAUUACCAUUUUAGUGCUUUGAAUUGGUGGAAAACGAAUCAAUUGAAGUAUCGUGUCUUGUCGAGAAUGGCGGCCGAUAUUCUUGCUGUUCCAAUUUCUACGGUGGCAUCAGAGUCGACGUUUAGUGCUGGCGGGAGGGUAAUUGAUACGUAUCGAGCAUCUUUAGAUCCAAAAACAGUUGAAGCACCUUAUCAGAAAGUUGAUUGCAGGUAUGAUUGCAGGUAUGAUUAUCAUUCUUUCUCCAUGCAAUUAACAUUCUUUCUCCAUGCAAUUAUGAUUGCAGGUAUGAUUAUCCUAGCAAUUAACAUUCUUGUGUGGUAUGAUUCGAUAAGCUUUAACACAUGGAUUUGA